AUAGUCUACCCGAAAACAUCCCAAUACCUUAAAACUCAAAAAAACCCUCCAUUCCACUUGAAAGUUGAAACUCAAAACUACACUUAGCUUUCCGGCUUUCCCUUUCUCGAUUCUUCACUUACGAUUACCCAUUCUCUCUCAUCCGUCAUUUAUCUCUCUUUCUUCUCCUGGUGAUUGUUAGGUUUUUGGUGUUACAGUAGAUUUCGAUCUGUUAUGGCGGUUGAUAAAAUUUUGAAAGAUGAAGCUUCGGAGGAGAAGGGAGAGCGUGCCAGAAUGGCAACAUUCAUUGGUGCGCUGGCAAUAGUAGAUUUAAUCAAGACAACGUUGGGUCCAAAAGGAAUGGACAAGAUUUUGCAGUCAACUGGUCGAGGACAUAAUGUUACUGUGACUAACGAUGGGGCCACUAUUAUGAAGUCUCUUCACAUUGAUAAUCCUGCUGCGAAAGUUCUAAUCGAUAUUUCCAAAACUCAAGAUGAUGAAGUUGGUGAUGGAACAACAUCCGUUGUCGUUCUUGCUGGAGAGCUAUUGAGAAUGGCAGAAAAGCUGAUUGCAAUGAAGAUUCAUCCUAUGACCAUAAUAUCAGGUUACAGGAUGGCCGCUGAAUGUGCUCUAAAUGCACUGUUGAAAAAAGUUGUUGACAACAAACAAGAUGCAGAUAAAUUUAGGACAGACUUGAUGAAAAUCGCAAUGACGACGCUGAGUUCAAAAAUAUUGUCCCAAGACAAGGAACACUUUGCCAAUAUGGCAGUAGAUGCUGUGAUGAGACUGAAGGGUAGCACAAACCUAGAGGCCAUCCAGAUUAUCAAGAAGCCUGGAGGAUCUCUGAGAGAUUCAUUUCUAGAUGAAGGAUUUAUUUUGGACAAGAAGAUUGGUGUUGGCCAGCCAAAGCGUAUAGAAAAUGCAAAAAUUUUAGUGGCAAACACAGCCAUGGACACAGAUAAAGUUAAAAUCUAUGGGGCACGUGUACGUGUUGAUUCAAUGGCUAAGGUGGCAGAGAUUGAGGGAGCAGAAAAGGAUAAGAUGAGAGAGAAGGUGAAUAAGAUUAUAGGUCAUGGAAUUAAUUGUUUUGUUAACCGUCAGUUGAUCUACAAUUUCCCGGAGGAACUCUUUGCUGAUGCUGGAAUUCUUGCCAUUGAGCAUGCUGAUUUUGAUGGUAUUGAGCGCCUUGCUCUAGUGACUGGUGGUGAGAUUGCAUCGACUUUUGAUAAUCCCGAAUCAGUCAAACUUGGACAUUGCAAACUGAUUGAGGAAAUUAUGAUUGGGGAAGACAAGUUGAUUCAUUUCUCUGGUGUUGAGAUGGGACAAGCAUGCACAAUAGUAUUGCGAGGGGCAAGUGAGCAUGUACUUGAUGAGGCUGAAAGAUCCUUACAUGACGCCCUGUGCGUGCUGUCUCAGACAGUGAAUGACAGCAGGGUUUUGUUUGGGGGUGGUUGGCCAGAGAUGGUGAUGGCAAAAGAAGUAGAUGAGCUGGCUAGAAGAACUCCUGGAAAGAAGUCCCAUGCUAUUGAAGCUUUCUCACAGGCACUCCAGGCCAUACCGACAAUCAUUGCUGACAAUGCUGGAUUAGACAGUGCUGAGUUGAUCUCAAAGCUUCGUGCCGAGCACCAACAGGAAGACAGUACUGCAGGAAUAGAUGUGAUCACCGGAACUGUCGGAGAUAUGGCUGCCCUGGGAAUUUCAGAGGCAUUCAAAGUAAAGCAGGCUAUUCUACUAUCUGCCACAGAAGCAGCUGAAGCGCUCCUCAGGGUUGAUGAGAUCAUCAGAUGUGCCCCAAGGAGGAGAGAAGAUAGAAUGUAGAACAUAACAUUUGUUUUGUAGUUUUUUUGUUGUAGAACCUUUUGAUUAGUAUUUAAACUUAAGAAGACCUUAUAAGAUUUUACUUUUCUUCCCCUCUGCAAUGAAUGUUUCGUUAGCAUCAUAGUUUUCUUGUUGUAGUUGGUUAUGUUUGAAUGUUGCAUGCUCUCUUUGUAUUGUGUUCUGCUUACAGAUCAUUUUUGUACAUUGAGAUGUUGCAAUUGAAGUUUUGAGUGUGAAUUGGUAUUGAUGUAUUGAACUUGAUUUCUAUUAAUGCAUCUUAAAGUUGAGAAAA